ACCCAUGUGUUGGAUAAUUCGAGAUCGUAGUUUCAAGUCAACUGCGUUGCUGAAUGAAGAGCAGUCGUGCUAUACCGGGUCUGACAGGAGAAAGACAGUCCUCGUUUUAUCUUGGGAAUUGUAUAUUUCUUGAUAAGUAAGAUAUACAGACAGCGGGGUUAAUUUAAAUUCAAUAUAAAGUCAACAACUUGGAUUUUCAUUGGGGCUCCAUUUUAAAGCCAGAAUUGUCAAAAUGUUGAGUGUUGCAAGAACAGCUUCAAGGUCUCUCCCCUCUCCAAACUGCUCAAGAAGUGUGUCUUCCUUGAUAAAGAAGGCUUGCUGGAAUGGAUUUCAGCAAGAUACUCUCAGGUCUGUGGCCAGACGUGACUAUUCAUCAGAGGCAAUCAAAGGAUCAGUGAUUGGGAUUGAUCUGGGUACUACAAACUCCUGUGUGGCUGUUAUGGAGGGCAAACAAGCAAAGGUACUGGAGAAUGCAGAGGGAGCAAGGACAACACCUUCAGUGAUCGCCUUCACAGCUGAUGGCGAGAGACUUGUUGGGAUGCCAGCCAAAAGACAGGCAGUCACCAACCCUAACAACACCCUCUAUGCCACCAAGCGUCUCAUUGGUCGUCGUUACGACGACGCAGAGGUUCAGAAGGACCUGAAGAACGUGCCCUACAAGAUUGUACGUGCUUCCAAUGGUGAUGCCUGGGUCGAGGCCCAUGGAAAGCUCUACUCCCCCAGCCAGGCUGGUGCCUUCGUGCUGAUGAAGAUGAAGGAGACAGCAGAGAACUACAUGGGUCACAAUGUGAAGAAUGCAGUGGUCACCGUGCCAGCCUACUUCAAUGACUCCCAGAGACAGGCCACAAAGGAUGCUGGUCAGAUUGCUGGGCUGAACGUGCUGCGAGUCAUCAAUGAGCCCACUGCUGCUGCUCUGGCCUACGGUCUGGACAAGACUCAGGACAGAAUCAUUGCAGUCUAUGACCUGGGAGGUGGCACCUUUGACAUCUCUGUCCUUGAGAUCCAGAAGGGCGUGUUUGAGGUGAAGUCCACAAACGGAGACACCUUUUUGGGUGGAGAGGACUUUGACCAGCACCUACUGACCCACAUUGUGAAGGAGUUCAAGAGGGAGUCUGGAGUUGACCUGACCAAAGACAGCAUGGCUCUGCAGAGAGUAAGGGAGGCAGCCGAGAAAGCCAAAUGUGAACUGUCAUCAUCCCUGCAGACCGAUAUCAAUCUGCCCUACCUGACCAUGGAUGCCUCUGGCCCCAAGCACUUGAACAUGAAGAUGACCCGCUCMCAGUUUGAGGGCAUUGUGUCUGACCUGAUCCGCAGGACAGUGGCCCCCUGCCAGAAGGCCAUGCAGGAUGCUGAGGUCUCCAAGGGKGACAUCGGAGAGGUGCUGCUGGUCGGUGGCAUGUCCCGUAUGCCCAAGGUCCAGCAGACAGUCCAAGACCUGUUUGGCCGUGCUCCCAGCAAGUCAGUCAACCCAGAUGAGGCUGUGGCCAUUGGAGCUGCCAUCCAGGGAGGCGUGCUGGCUGGAGAUGUUACUGAUGUGCUCCUUCUGGAUGUCACACCACUGUCUCUCGGUAUCGAGACCCUCGGAGGGGUGUUCACCAAACUCAUCAACAGGAACACAACCAUUCCCACCAAGAAGGGCCAGGUGUUCUCAACAGCAGCUGAUGGUCAGUCCCAGGUGGAGAUCAAGGUKUGCCAAGGGGAGAGGGAGAUGGCAGCAGACAACAAGAUCCUGGGACAGUUCACUCUGGUUGGAAUCCCCCCUGCCCCACGUGGAGUACCCCAGAUUGAGGUCUGCUUCGACAUUGAYGCCAAUGGAAUUGUCCACGUCUCUGCCAAAGACAAGGGCACAGGCCGCGAACAGCAGAUUGUUAUCCAGUCCUCUGGUGGCCUCAGCAAGGACGACAUUGAAAACAUGGUUAAGAACGCAGAGAAGUACGCUGAGGAGGACCGGAGGCGAAAGGACCGUGUUGAGGCUGUUAACCAGGCCGAGGGCAUCGUCCAUGACACUGAAUCCAAGAUGGAGGAGUUCAAGGAUCAGCUCCCUGCUGAUGAGUGCAACAAACUGAAGGAAGAGAUUGCCAAAGUGAGAGACUUGCUGUCACGGAAGGAUGAAGAGACUGGCGAAAACAUCAAACAGGCUGCCACCACCCUUCAGCAGGCAUCACUCAAACUCUUCGAAAUGGCUUACAAGAAGAUGGCAUCAGAGAGGGAAGGUAGCAACGGCGGCUCUGGAUCGUCAUCGUCAGAAGGUGGAGCUGGAGAGAAGAAGGAAGGCCAGCAGUAAAACCUUUGCACUUGUGGUUGUCUGGAGACAUGGACUGAUGGGCUUGGGAGUGUAGACCUGUUGUCCUGAGUGGCGGCUAUUGUAUUCUAGUCAUUCUCACAUACUGUGUUUUUGCAGUAAAAAGUAUACGGUAUAUGUCAUUGAGUACAUUUACAUGCACAGUAAUAAUUUGAUAUUAAACAGAUUAUGGCAGUAGGCAKAUAAUGCAAUAAGCAGAGUGAGGUGUUUACAUGACUCAUAAUCGGCGUAAGGUCAAAAUUGAAGUAAGCAUACGCUGAUUAAAACACCAGGACAUGUAAACAUUUGUAAUCGGCGAAGUGAGAGUUCGGAAACAACUGAAUGUAUGCGUCUUAGAAUUUGUUUUCACAUACAAGCUAUAUGUCCGAAUUCGGAAUCAAAUAUGCGGUGGUAGAAUAUUUUGAUUGGCGAUUUUCUGCAUUUUUCAGUGUGCCAUCGGGUAGCCUGAUUUCAUGUGUCCAUGUAAAUGUGAUUAUUCUUCUUGCAAAGCUUGUAAAUGUUUAAAUUGAACUAUUAUAUUAAUCUGACUAUCCAGAAUAAUCUCAUUAGUGUGUGCAUGUAACCAUACUCAGUGUAUGUUCCUCCACCCCUUUGUAAUUUAAUUGUGAAUGACUAUAUAUCCUGUCCAUUUUAAGAAACAUUAUUUGCAUCUGUUGUGAAUUAGUGAACUGUUUAUAGCAAUUGUGUUAGUCCGACUGUGACGCCAUUUUGGGUUUCAUUUUCCCAUGUAGCUCUGCUUGUCUGGACAACAGUGGAAAUGCAAUAGAAGAAGCUUGGCUUUUCUCUAGCUCCAUCCUGUUUUUGUUUAUCUGGUAUAUCUGCUCUAUGAAAACAGUUGGCAUAUGUACAGUGAUAUGAGUAAAGUCAUGCGUGUGUGUGGUUAAAGAUGUAUAAUACGACAAUACAACUGCAGGGUUUUAUUUCUAUUCUUAGAUAUUUUGAAUCUUUAAUAUUUGUUAUUCCAUUCAGUACAGAGGAGCACUCAUUCUUCUUGACUUUGUCAUGGGUAUAAGCUGAGAGAAUGAUUAGAAGCUACCAUGCAUACAAAUAGAUUUGGUUUUGCCAUAACUAUUGUAUGAUGUUUGAGCUGCUGCCUAUCUGACAGAUAUAGUUGGCAGCAGUAGUCUGUGAAAAGGAGAAAAUAACCAGUCUGGUAUGAGGAGGAUUUGUUGUCAAAUUUGAGAUUGGUUUGAUAUUUGGGUUCUCAAUUACUGUUGCUAACUUUCCUAAUAAAAUUCUACAUUUCAA